AUGGCAUGAUCGGACUUGUAUAGUCUACCUAUAUGUGCACAAUGGGACCCUUGUCUCGUGUCGAUGCAUUGAUACUGUAUGGUUUCGCGGUAUGUACGUUGUCUCUUGCUCAAUGCUAUGAUCAUGAUCGCAGUGCCUGCAACGCCCUGAUCAAGAACCUUCUCGCCGGCAACGAGGAGGCCAUGCUUCGACUACCGCAGAAUGAUUCUGGGCGCUUGAUUGCACUUGUCUUCUGCUUCCAUCACAACAAGCGAGCGAGAUAUACAAAGCGCAAUAUCCCCACCCCAAAGUGACAUCCAAUAAUGCGCUUACUUCUGUGCAUGAUCCUUUACCUCGUUGGAGUAAUCCAAGCCGCACCUACCAAUACAACCACUACCAGCGAUGAUUUUGAAGCUCCAUCAUUCACGAAUAGAACCCUGUGGAACAUCAUCUCCAGCUCCAUUCUCACUCUUUUCGCAUGCAUAUACACAGCCAUCCAUCCAAAUAUUCCGAGUCCUAAGGACAGCGCAUUGCGCAUCCUAUGG